AUGCCCGAAACAUGGAGAAAACGUGGCAGAAAAUCACAUACAAGAGGCACUUAUUUCAGGAGUAUAAAAAGAAGUCAAAUCAUAAUCGGUAAAACCACUAAUCGGCCAAGACCUACUACUAGUGAAUCCGGUGUAUCUCCUCUUCGGGCAACUUCAACAGAUUCUUCGGUUGAUUCUUUGGAUAUAUUGUAUGAUGCUGAAUCGGUCAUUAAUGCAAGGACAAAGAGAAGUGACAUAUCUGUGUAUGACAUUCAACCACAGUCAGCUGUACCAUUAAAUCCUCAUGAAGAUCUAGCGGAUGAUUUACAGCUGGUCGAUCGAUCAAUAGAUCAACGUAUAUUAUCAACUGUUUCAGUAAGUACAAUUGAUAAUACUAAAGUAUGCACACGGUUAUGUCACGGAUGAUACACUGUCGAAUAUCUCAAAGUCGAAUUUUUCUAAACGAACGGUAUCAUCAUUUAGUUCAUCUUCUAAAGAAAUCAAGCAGAAAACCAAGUACGUGCGCCUUAUUCAGCAACAACGAUGCAUACUACUACCCAGGUACAAAACAUACCCCACUUUUUUUGGCAUACUACUACCCAGGUAACAAAACAUACCCCACUUUUUUUGGCUAAAAAGUGGGGUAUGUUUUCGACCUCGGACGAGUGACCAAGGCUAAAAAAGCUGUGGGAAAAGUGCCACUUUUGGAUGGGAUGACAACGUCCGGACGCCGCAGAAAAAGACGAGUGAGGACGCCUGUCCGAACUACUGUUGUGACUAUACACCUGUCGUGUUUUAAUUAUUUCAAAUCAACAUUAUCGGACACCAUCAAGAUGACCGUCCCGAUAUCCAUCUUAAACAACAUGUUCGUUAACGAAACACAACGUCCUAUCUGCGGAUAUGACUGAGGUCCGCAAAGUGCCACUUUGCGCAGAGCAACAGCGUCAAGUCACGAUUGUUUUUGGGACCUCUUUGACCCGUCCGAACGGUCAUCUUGAUAGUGUGCGAUAAUGUUACCAGUUCCACAUUUUUCCAGUCACCGUUUUGUUAUCUACGAUUAAUUCCACUACGUUUUACUCGGACUUUUCUUCGAGAAUAUAGUGCAAUCAAAUUUUAAUGCCUUCGUUAAGCUUUGUCAUGUUAUAAUCUCUAUCUGAAAAGGAAAAAUCAGCAUGCGAGUCAGAUAGUAAAUUCAGAAGAUGUGCACAGCAAAUUCAGUUCUCUGUUCCCUUAUCUAAAUAGGUCUCAUUUUCGCUAGUCGCAAUGUUACACUAUCGGAUUUUUGGACAUGUUUUCUUUUGAGACACAUCUCCCUUCGCAGAUUAACUAGGUCCGUAUACGUCACAAAAAAGAAUAAGAAACAACAAUUUUUGAUACGAAAGAGUCUAAAAGGGUAUCGUCAACCAUACACGUGGCGAGAGUAUCUAUCUAUCUAUAUAUAUAUACACGUUUAUAGGAAGUAUGUUUCUUCGUUUGAAAAAUGUUAGAAAAGGAUAGAUCGCUCCACGUAAUAUAAACGUAUAUAUAGAUAGAUACUCUCGCCACGUGUAUGACUGACGAUACCAACGGGUUUUUUUCAUUUUUAAACGAGACGAAAAAUAGUGUCUGUUAUAUAAGACACUUUAUUAGACUGGCAAAAAUGAGAUCUAUUUAGAUAAGAGAACAGAGAGCUGAAUUUGCUGUGCACAUCUUCUGAAUUUACUAUCUCACUUGCAUACUGAUAGCCCAAAUAAUGUGUCGGACGUACCACAUAAACAGUACCACAUUUGAUACACUUUGACGAGCUAAUAAGCCAUUUUUAUUGAGAAAGAAAUGGAUUUAGCUGAGAAAAAUGGAUUUAGGUCCAAUAGCAUGGGUUUUUAAAAGCUUCUGAAAAACCUGGAGAACUUUGCGUGUUUUUGCACUAAAAUCGAAAAUUUACUAUCGGUAGUAGACGACUUGUAAAAAGUAUGAGAUCUGGAGGAAGGGUGGAAAUGGGCAGAAACUUACUACACGGCUUGGCCAAAUGUCACGGAAUUUCAUUUUUUCUCUCGCCGUAUUUGCCCUUUAACUUUUGAAUCGAUGAGGCAGGCGCUUUGAAACUUGUACCAUAGAUUGAUAGUCACGUGUUCUAUCUCCAGUAAAAAUUUGAGAAGAUUUGGAGGAGCGGUUUCAGAAUUAUUAAAAAAAUAUCAUCCGUCACUGAAUUUCACAAAAUGGAAUUCUUCAUGAAUCGGACACCAAAGCGUUGCAUUUUUAUACGAAACUAAGAUGGCUACCGGACAACUUUUCAGACAAAAGUUGUGGAAUUUGAAACGAGCUUACAGAAUAUCUACUCGUUUUAUUGAAACAGAUCAAUCCACUCAGAGAAACUUCGAAAACAGUUGUCGUCACGGAAUUUAAUCUUGUUUUGCUUUUUGACUCAGAGUCGAUACUGCUCGAACAGUAAGUGCAAAAUAAACAUCAGAGUCGUACCAUCGUCGAAUCCUGUAUCUAAAGAAGUGUAUUUUACUUCUAAAUGAGUUAUCGAAAAAUUUCGUGUUCCAACGGCUAGAAGUUGAGCCAAAAAUGAAAGUUGUUGUUUUAAAAAAUUGAAUGCGCCAGUUUGUUCAGAAUUCAACGCUGAUUACGUAAAUGUACCUUUUCGAAGUUUAUAGUGUAAGAAAAUGGGAAAAAGUGGAUCGAAACUUUAUCUAAAACUGUACUAUCGCAAGAUUAUGAAAUUCCAUGAGGACGUUUUUUACUGUUUUCACACUCAAAAUCCAACAAAUCCAAUCUCUCCUUCUUUCCAGCUUUCCUACUUUCCUGCUUUCCUACUGUCCUGCUUCCCUUCUUUCCUACUGUCCUGCUUUCCUUCUUUCCUGCUUUCCUACUUUCCUUUUCUCCUUCUUUCCUACUGUCCUGCUUUUUUUCUUUUCUGCUUUCCUACUUUCCUUUUCUCCUUCUUUCCUUUUCUCCUUCUUUCCUUCUCUCCUUCUUUCCUAUUUUCCUACUUUUCUGCUUUCCUUCUUUCGUCUUUUCCUGCUUUCCUGCUAUCCUACUUUCCUUUUCUCCUUCUUUCCUAUUUUCCUUCUCUCCUUCUUUCGUCUUUUCCUGCUUUCCUACUUUCCUGCUUUCCUACUGUCCUGCUUUCCU